UCCACGUGCUCCUAAAUUUCUAACCUGCACAAUAUUAUAGUUUGGUCUCCCGGUUUAACACCGUUCUCUAUAUGUUUCAUUUCCAAAACGUUUCAAUCACUAAUUUCAAUUGCUUUCAUCCCAAAUGACGAGCCACGUCAAGAAAAGGCAUUAGCUUUGAAGGACCUUCAGAAGGACGCAGCGAGCUUCCAGACAAAAUGGCGAUCUAGUGUAUAGACAAAACAGUGCUAGUAGUUUAUACCGCUCCCGAUUAGAUUUAAAAAAAAUAUGAAAAAUCCAACGGAUUUCCGUUCGAAAUCAUGUCUGUGGUGCCUUCGUGACUUUCCUGGCUCCGUGUAUGUUAACCAAGCCAAUACACUAAAUGGAAACUAUCUCUAAAAUACAUGGUAUUCUCAAAUACAAGCAAUUAAGAACAUUAGUUGAUGUUAGUUAUGUUUUUGGCCCCCAAUUUUACCCAGUUUGAUAUCAAGGUAUCGUGGGGGCCUAGGCGAGAGGAGACAUGUCCGUCGUCUCUGACUCGUUCUCUGAGGAGGAGCGCAGCCUAUUCCGUCCAUUCACUCGCGAGUCAUUGGCCGCCAUCGAAGCUCGAAUUGCCGAAGAACAUGCCAAACAGAAAGAGCUCGAAAAGAAGAGAGCUGAAGGAGAACCCGGUUUUGGACGAAGGAAAAAGAAAAAAGAAAUUCGGUAUGAAGACGAGGACGAAGAUGAAGGCCCCCAACCUGACCAGACACUGGAGCAAGGGUUGCCCCUGCCGGUUAGGCUUCAGGGUAAUUUUCCUCCAGAACUUGCCAGCACACCACUUGAGGACAUCGACCCCUUUUAUAGUAACCAAAUGACUUUCGUAGUAAUAAGUAAAGGAAAAGAUAUUUUUAGAUUCAGUGCAACUAAUGCCCUUUGGAUAUUAGAUCCUUUUAAUCCCAUCCGUCGUGUGGCGAUUUACAUUUUAGUACAUCCCUUGUUUUCACUUUUUAUUAUUACAACCAUUCUAGUCAAUUGUAUUCUAAUGAUCAUGCCAACAACACCCACCGUAGAAUCAACAGAAGUAAUAUUCACUGGCAUCUAUACCUUCGAAUCAGCAGUGAAGGUGAUGGCGAGAGGUUUUAUUCUUCAACCGUUCACCUACCUUAGAGAUGCAUGGAAUUGGCUCGACUUCGUAGUCAUAGCUUUAGCUUAUGUUACUAUGGGUAUAGAUUUGGGAAAUUUAGCUGCCUUAAGAACAUUUAGGGUGCUGAGAGCUCUAAAAACUGUUGCCAUUGUUCCGGGUUUGAAGACCAUCGUAGGCGCUGUCAUUGAAUCAGUCAAAAAUCUACGAGAUGUGAUAAUUUUAACAAUGUUUUCUCUUUCCGUUUUUGCUUUGAUGGGUUUACAAAUUUAUAUGGGCGUUCUCACGCAAAAAUGUAUCAAAGUUUUUCCAAUGGACGGGUCAUGGGGUAACCUUACAGACGAAAAUUGGGAAAGGUUCAAUCAAAACGAAACCAAUUGGUAUUUUGAUGAGGAAAAAGGUGAAAUACCACUGUGUGGGAACUCAUCUGGAGCAGGUCAAUGCAAACCUGGCUAUAUGUGCCUGCAAGGUUACGGAGAUAAUCCAAACUACGGUUAUACGAGCUUCGAUACAUUCGGCUGGGCCUUCCUUUCUGCCUUUAGACUAAUGACUCAGGAUUACUGGGAAAAUUUGUACCAACUGGUCCUACGUUCAGCUGGACCGUGGCACAUGUUGUUUUUCAUCGUCAUUAUAUUUCUGGGAUCGUUUUAUUUAGUGAAUCUGAUCUUAGCCAUUGUCGCCAUGUCGUACGACGAGCUGCAGAAGAAAGCCGAAGAGGAAGAAGCAGCUGAAGAAGAAGCGAUACGAGAAGCUGAAAAAGCUGCUCAAGCGAAACAAGACCGCGCUGAUGCUAGAGCUGCAGCAGCUGAAGAAGCUGCACGAGUCGCAGCUGCGGGGGCUGGCAGCACCGAUAUCGUCAAAUCACCGUCGGAUUUCUCCUGUCAAAGCUACGAACUGUUUGUGAACCAGCCCAAAGGAACGGACGACAAUAACAAAGAAAAGAUGAGCAUAAGAUCGGAAGGAUUAGAUUCUGUGAGUGAGCAGAGAAGAAUUCCCACUAAUCCCACCAAGAUGCGGAAAGUCAGCGCUACCAUGUCCCGUGUUCAGGCCAGUCUGAGUCUCCCGGGAUCUCCGUUCAAUCUGCGCCGUGGCUCGAGGGGAUCGCACCAAUUUACUGCGCGUAACAAUCGGCGCAUGGUGGCGCCGCCAGGCGACAGGAAACCUCUGGUUCUAUCUACUUAUCUCGAUGCCCAGGAACAUCUACCCUAUGCGGACGAUUCGAAUGCUGUAACACCAAUGAGCGAGGAAAAUGGUGCCAUGGUCGUGCCCAUGUACUACGCCAAUUUAGGAUCACGCCAUUCAUCGUACACUUCGCACGCUUCACGGAUGUCUUACACCUCACACGGAGACCUGUUGGGCGGUUUCGGGGGCAAUGGAAAGGUUAUGACCAAGGAAACGCAACUCCUCAUGCGCUCCAUGAGGAACGGACCAGCCAUGACCGGAAAUAACUUCACCGAGUUCACUCACAAGCCCAAAAUGGGUGAUUACGAUGGACCAACUAGUCAGCUCUGUGAGAAGAUGAAAGCGCUAGACAAUCCGUUCAUAGACAACAUCAGCCAGAGGCAAACGGUGGUGGAUAUGAAAGAUGUAAUGGUGCUGAACGACAUCAUAGAACAAGCUGCAGGCAGAGAAAUAACAGACGGUGAACACGGAGUGGCUGUUUAUUAUUUCUCAGCCAAUAAUGAGGAGGAGGAGGAAGAAGAAGAGCCCACAAUGAAGGAGCGAAUUCUCGAAAACACUUUAAAAAUAAUCGACAUGUUUUGCGUGUGGGACUGCUGUUGGUGCUGGCUCCAAAUACAAAAGUACGUCGCUCUAGUUGUAUUCGAUCCCUUCGUAGAGCUGUUCAUCACCUUGUGCAUUGUUGUGAACACGCUGUUCAUGGCGUUAGAUCACCAUAAUAUGGAUCCUGAUCUAGAGAAAGCCCUGAAAAGCGGCAACUAUUUUUUCACAGCGACAUUCAUGAUAGAAGCCACGAUGAAAUUAAUAGCCAUGAGUCCAAAGUUUUAUUUCCAGGAAGGAUGGAAUAUUUUCGAUUUCAUUAUUGUAGCCUUGUCUUUGUUGGAACUGGGAUUAGAAGGCGUGCAGGGAUUGUCUGUAUUACGAUCUUUCAGACUGCUGAGGGUAUUCAAGCUAGCCAAAUCUUGGCCAACGUUGAACUUAUUGAUAUCCAUCAUGGGGAGAACCAUGGGUGCCUUGGGUAACCUGACCUUUGUGUUGUGCAUUAUUAUAUUUAUAUUCGCCGUGAUGGGUAUGCAACUUUUCGGCAAAAACUACUGGGAUAAUGUGGACAGAUUUCCUGACCAUCAGAUGCCGAGAUGGAAUUUUACCGAUUUUAUGCAUUCUUUCAUGAUAGUAUUUAGAGUGUUAUGCGGAGAAUGGAUAGAAUCAAUGUGGGAUUGUAUGCACGUAGGAGAUGUCUCUUGUAUUCCAUUCUUUCUCGCUACUGUCGUGAUUGGCAAUCUUGUGGUUCUGAACCUCUUCUUAGCCUUGCUUUUGAGCAACUUUGGAUCUUCAAGUUUGUCCGCUCCAACAGCCGACAAUGACACGAACAAAAUAGCGGAAGCCUUUGAGAGAAUCGCGAGGUUUAUCAACUGGAUCAAGGCGAAUUGUAUGCACUUUGCUAAACUAGUGAGGUUUAAAUUGACGAACCAAAUAUCUGAUCAGCCUCCAGGUGAGGGACCGUCCAACAGUUGGAACCAAGACACGCGUGACGGUGGUCUUGAUAUACAAGACGACGAAAUUCUAGCAGAUGGGAUAAUAUUUAAAGAUAAGAAAAGUCCAAAAGACAAAUUAGAAGUAACUAUCGGUGAUGGAAUGGAAUUUACUAUCCACGGAGACUCCAAAACCAAUCUUAAACGAGGCAAAAAUAUGAAUAAUAUCAAUAACAAAAACAAAACUAUAGGAAAUUCUAUACUGGACCAUGGAGACUUUAUAGGCCACUUAGAUGAUGAUGAAAUCAGCAAUAAAUCAUAUGGCAGUCAUAAGAAUAGGUUCAAAGAAGAAAGCCAUAAAGGUAGUGCAGAUAUUUUAGAUGACCAAGAAGAAAAACGAGAUGCUAGUAAAGAGGAGCUAGGAAUCGAUGAAGUCAACCACAAGGACCAUCAUUCGGGGCAUUCAACAUCAACUGUUGCAGUAAAAAAAAUAGAAGAAGAUGAAUGCGACUGUCAAGGACCUUUAGACGAAGACCUUAUAAUAGAUGCUGCAACGGAAGAUAUCAUUUUAGACGAAUACUCAGCUGAUUGCUUCCCUGAACCGUGUUAUAAGAAGUUUCCUUUCCUUGCUGGUGACGAAGAUUCGCCAUUCUGGCAAGGCUGGGGCAAUCUGAGAUACAAAACGUUUCAACUAAUCGAAAAUAAAUAUUUUGAGACUGCUGUAAUAACGAUGAUCUUGCUCAGUAGUCUGGCUCUAGCACUGGAAGACGUCCACCUUUCGCAAAGACCAAUUCUGCAAGACAUCCUUUAUUAUAUGGACAGGAUAUUCACGGUGAUCUUCUUCUUUGAAAUGUUAAUCAAAUGGCUGGCUUUAGGAUUUCAAAAAUAUUUUACCAACGCUUGGUGUUGGUUAGAUUUCGUCAUCGUUAUGGUGUCUUUAAUAAAUUUCAUCGCAUCUCUCUGCGGUGCCGGUGGUAUUCAAGCCUUCAAAACUAUGAGAACUCUGCGGGCUUUGAGACCUUUGAGAGCUAUGUCCCGGAUGCAAGGGAUGAGAGUAGUGGUAAAUGCACUGGUUCAAGCUAUACCUUCUAUCUUCAACGUACUGUUGGUGUGCUUAAUAUUCUGGCUAAUUUUUGCUAUAAUGGGUGUCCAAUUAUUUGCAGGAAAAUAUUACAAGUGUGUGGACAACAACAAAACAACCCUCAGUUGGGAAAUUAUACCUGAUUACAAUGCGUGCAAAGCAGAAAAUUAUACAUGGGACAACUCCAGAAUGAACUUCGAUCAUGUGGGUAAAGCAUAUCUUUGCUUGUUUCAAGUAGCUACCUUCAAAGGAUGGAUUCAAAUUAUGAAUGAUGCGAUUGAUUCUAGAGAACUAAAUAAACAACCAAUACGUGAAACAAAUAUUUACAUGUAUUUGUACUUCGUAUUCUUUAUCAUAUUUGGUUCAUUCUUCACCCUCAACCUGUUUAUAGGAGUAAUCAUUGACAACUUUAACGAACAGAAGAAAAAGGCUGGAGGGUCCUUGGAGAUGUUCAUGACUGAAGAUCAGAAGAAAUAUUACAAUGCAAUGAAAAAGAUGGGAUCUAAAAAGCCCAUGAAAGCUAUACCAAGGCCAAGGUGGCGACCGCAAGGAAUAGUUUUCGAAAUAGUGACAAAUAAAAAAUUCGACAUGUUCAUCAUGUUGUUCAUAGGACUGAAUAUGUUGACAAUGACUAUGGACCAUUAUCAGCAGAAAGAGACAUUUACAAAAGUGCUGGACUGUUUGAACAUGAUUUUCAUAGUUAUAUUUACUUCCGAGUGCCUGAUGAAGAUUUUUGCUUUACGUUAUCACUAUUUUACCGAGCCAUGGAAUCUUUUUGAUUUAGUGGUAGUAAUUUUAUCAAUUUUGGGGUUAGUGCUCAGUGACAUUAUCGAAAAGUACUUCGUGUCACCGACGCUGCUGAGAGUGGUGCGCGUAGCCAAAGUGGGCAGAGUACUUCGUUUGGUAAAGGGAGCUAAAGGAAUACGCACGCUGCUGUUUGCGCUAGCUAUGUCACUGCCUGCUCUCUUCAACAUCUGUUUGCUGCUCUUCUUAGUUAUGUUCAUCUUCGCCAUAUUCGGCAUGUCGUUCUUCAUGCACGUUAAAGACAAAAGUGGUCUUGAUGACGUCUAUAACUUUAAGACUUUUGGACAAUCGAUGAUUCUGCUUUUCCAGAUGUCAACAUCAGCUGGUUGGGAUGGUGUGCUUGAUGGAAUAAUUAACGAGGAAGACUGCAAACAACCAAACAACGAGAUCGGGGAGACCGGAAAUUGCGGCAACUCGACCAUAGGAAUAGCUUUCCUACUCAGCUACUUAGUGAUAUCGUUUUUAAUUGUAAUUAACAUGUACAUUGCUGUCAUUUUGGAAAACUACUCCCAAGCUACCGAAGACGUUCAAGAAGGUCUCACAGACGACGAUUACGACAUGUACUACGAGAUCUGGCAGCAGUUUGAUCCAGACGGUACCCAAUACAUCCGCUACGACCAACUCUCUGAUUUCCUCGACGUACUCGAGCCACCUCUGCAGAUCCACAAGCCCAACAAAUACAAAAUCGUAUCUAUGGACAUUCCGAUCUGUAAAGGAGACCUGAUGUACUGCGUGGACAUCCUCGACGCGCUUACCAAAGAUUUCUUCGCGCGCAAAGGCAACGCCAUCGAUGAAACGGCAGAGCUGAGUGAAGUGCAACCAAAACCAAACGAAGUGGGUUACGAGCCAGUUAGCUCUACUCUGUGGAGACAGAGAGAAGAGUACUGUGCCAGACUCAUUCAGAACGCAUGGAGAAAGCACAAGAGACUCCGAGGAGCGACUGACCAAUCUGGAGACGAAGGUGACAUGGGAGACGGUGAUGGAGACGGUGACGGUAACGACGAGAUUGAUGGCGAAGCCGAUGGCGAAUUGGAAGCACGUCAAACAGCGGUCUUAGUGGAACGAAAUGGACACAAAGUGGUGAUCCACAGUCGGACGCCCAGCAUUAGCUCACGAUCAGCGGACGUAUGAGACAGGCCCCGCCCCUCCUUAACAUCGCCAUAGCAGUCAAAGGGCUAUGGACCAAGAGGCCACUGGUGCGGUUCAUUAUCUCGAUAUCUUUUUUCAACUUAAACGAAAACAGGGAACUAUCGUAACAUAGUCUAUAUAGUAAACGCUUCGAGAUAAUCGGGCUCGUGGAUCAGCUUGUGUAAGUGUAGUUUGGUGGAGAAGGUAUCUUAUUUACUGCGUCAACUAGAAGGCCGUUCAUACAAACUGUAAAACGGACUAGCAUAGCUUAGAUAUACUCUACAAUCACUAUUUUUAGAGUUGUAUGAGCUGUUCGCUAAGCUGAGAACUCUCUCUAACGAAAACCUUAGUAUCGAUGGACGAGUAGUAGAAAGAACGUGAUCCCAGCAUACUUUCUAGCGAAAAUUCGUUGAUAUUAGCUUUUUCCAAAAGGAGAUUUCGUAGGCUAUCGGUUGACGAUCACUUCAUUUAAUAAUAUUGUAUCCUGUUAAUUUCAAAACAUCAAAUUAUACUUUUACUCUUCGACGUGAUUCUUAGAAGACUGAUUAUUUUUUAGGUAUUUGAUAAUUUUGUUUAUUCAUCAAAUUUAUAGCAAUAGAAAUGAUUUUACUCUAAUUUCUCAUAGAAAAUACUCGACUACUUAUUAGAAAAAUUCCUCGUUUAAAUGAAUUGUAGUUUAAAAAAUUCUUUUCUUGUAUUCUGCCGUGUUAACAAAAGACAUCUGACGCUUCUCGUUUGUUAAUACUUAUAAAUAAAACACUUUAUAUAACAUAACCGUCAGAUAUUCACUUGAGUUAAAACUAUAUUUCAUUACAAUUCCGAAAAUAAUUUAGUUGGCAAAUACCUUUAUCCUUUUAAUUACCCUUAGUUUUUCAUUAACACGGCAGUAUUGUUAUCAAAAUCUGGGCAAGAACUGCAAACAAUACUCAUCAAAAAAACUGGUUAAUUAGAAUUAAACGCACAAUAAUUAAAACAUAAAAAAGAAAUACUUAACAGUAAUCAACAAUCAAUUUUGAACAAUACAAAAUAUUCAAACCUUUGCUUCCAGUUCUUGCUCUGGAUAUUUAUUCGAUAUGAAACUUUGAAAUUAUGAGGAUAAUUUAAAUAAUCCUAUAAAGUGUUAAAAAAGCCGUUAUAGGAGUUACUCUAUCAAUAAUAUUAAAAUAUUGUUAAAAAAAUCCAGAUUAGAAUAUGUUCAGCUAGCACUGUUUGGUAUUUAUCGCUACAGCACUUAAUCAGAAUCUUAAGUCGGUCUAGCUUUGUUAUUAUUUCCUUUUACGGUAAGAGAGUACAAAUGUUUAGGCAGAAAAUUUGGAGGCAGAAAUCUCCAAACCUAUUUUUCCCAAAGACCGACUUAAGACAGCAGCUUCAAAGUUAAAUAAAACGGCAUAUUUUGAGAACAAGUCUAAAUGCACAAAUUAGCAAAGAUUGCGAUACUAGGCAAUUCUGUCAGGUUGAAAGGUAUUCUAAAAAGAUCUAUGAAAUCUGUGCCGAAGCAAGUUUUUGUAUUUCCUUUUGGAUUUAUUAAUUCCUUAAAAAAAAAACUCUAAAAAUACUUAUGCAUUUUUAAUGAAUAUUAAUAUAUUCCUUUCUGAGAUUAAUACAUAACAUAAAAUUAAUAAAACAUCUUCGCACAAAAACAUUUCUUAAAAUUCUUCUAUUCUUUACAUAAGUAUUUUUAUAGGUUUUUGUAUGAAUAACGCAAACUAUAUUUAACACUGUUGGGUAUUUUUCUAUAAUGAACUAUGCUUCGGCAACUAUAAUAAUUAUUAAUUUAUAUAAUAAUGUAUAUAAAAAUGGUGCUUUCUUCAACUGCUAAUAUUCAAGCUAACUUCACAUGCUACAAGGACCGCUAGCGGGGAGGGGCGAAGGGAAAACAUUUGCAAAAAUAUAUUAAACAAAUUUUGUAUGCCUCGUGUAAAAACAUACGCAUCACUGUAUGUGUGACAUUUUUUCAAACAAAAUAUUACCUAAUUUAAGUAUAUAUAUAAUAUAUAUAAAGCACUGAAUGACUUGCCUCCUUUAUGACGUUACUUUAAGAUGUGCUUCUAUCUUACCACACUUUGACACACAUCUUUAAAAACUAAUCUAUAUUAAGAACAAUUCAUUCCUAUUUUGCUUGAUUACAUAAUAUACAGGGUUGUUCACCUCAUUCGACACGGAAUAUUGUAGCCACACGAUUAGAUUUUUAGAAAUUGAGUGAUAGGGUCGUUGAAGGAUUACUAAAGCUACAAUUUACAAUUAUUUUCAAAAGGUUACAGAGUGUCCCAAACAAAUAAAAAAUAUCAAAGUUGUAUUUUUUUUUAAUGGAACACCCUAUAUAUUAUUAAGUUUUUAGUUUCUGCCAUUAAAAGAAAGGUAAAUUUGAUUAAGGU